AGAGUGAGAGAGAGAGAAGGGUGGAGAGAGUGUGUAUGUGUGUGUUCGUGUGGUGAGGGUGAGAGAGAGAGAGAGAAAGAGAGAGAGAGACAUGCACACUUAGGGGUGUGUCUUAGACAAUUAGUUCCUCAAGGAAGUACAAGUCAAAUUAUCUUGAAACAGAGUGGCGAGCAGAUCAGAGAGUUUGUCUGAAAGAUUUCAUGCUGUUCCCGCCUUGUCUGAAGAGAACAUUUCACCUAAAAAGAAAAUCUGGAUGUUAAUCACCUGAUCUGAGCACAGGAGGAGGACCGAGACUUAACAGAGAGGAGGGAGGGCAAAGAAAAACGCAGAAAUGGAGAACUUCAGCUCCAAGGACUUGGCUAUGAAGGCCCAGAAAAAAAUUCUCAGCAACAUGGCCAACAAGUCAGUAGUGCAGAUGUUCAUCGAUGACACUAGUAGCGAGAUUCUGGACGAGCUGUAUCGUGUGUCAAAGGAGUUCACGGGGAGCCGCACAGAGGCCCAGAAAGUGAUUAAGGACCUGAUUAAAGUGGUAGUGAAGAUUGCUGUGCUUUUCAGACACAAUCGCUUCAGUGAGGAGGAGCUCUCUUUAGCCCAGACCUUCAAGAAGAAACUACACCAAGGAGCCAUGACAGCAAUCAGCUUCCAUGAGGUGGAGUUCACCUUUGAACAGACGGUGAUGUCAGAGAUCCUAACUGCAUGCAGAGACAUGCUACUGAAGCUCGUGGCCACUCACCUCACGCCAAAAUCCCACGGACGCAUCAACCACGUCUUCAACCAUUACUCUGACCCUGGGCUCCUCACUCAGCUUUACAAUCCAGAUGGCCCAUUCAAGUCCAAUCUCAACAAAAUAUGUAACGGACUCAACAAACUGUUGGAGGAGGGCAAGUUAUGAGAGCACUGUGGCAGUGGGACUCUUAACAGUAUUGCUUUAAAGGGACCACCAAAGUGCUGGACUACAGCAAAGCUAGACGAGAAACCUAAACAUUGAACACAUGGUGACUAACUCUGCUGACAAUCUCUGGUCCUGUUACAGCUCAACACUGUGGUGUGGCUCUUCCACGAAAAUCACAUUUCAUGUCCUUGCUGACAGCACAAGGUCAACUGGAUCAACGUUACUUUUUGAACUUAAACCAGUGACAAUGAAAUCAACUAAAACAUUUUAUUUGGUGUGGCGAGUUGUUAAACAGAGCUCUUACAGACUAAAAACGUUUGCUAAUAUUUCAACUACUAGAUUUUCAGUCUGUUUUUGAUGAUAAACCUUUUCUUUCAAGGUUA